UCCAGCCGUGACGUUCAAUUACAUUACUGCUCAUUGCACAAUAAUAUUAAAGAAAUCGUCUUUAUCGAUGCUUUCAUUAUUUUUACAUUUUUCUCUUAUAUUUUUUGUUGCUACGUUUGGCUUGCUAUUCUUUUUAGCAAGUUCGAUAUUUGUAUUUCUUCUCGCAUCAAGAUGGUGGAUAAACAAAGGGGGCAAAACAAAAAUAGAGAAUUCACUCUCAUACACCUCUGGUAAAGAACCUCGUACUGUCGCAUUCUUUCACCCGUAUUGUAAUGCUGGUGGUGGGGGAGAGAGGGUUCUGUGGUCUGCUAUACGUGCCUUACAAAACGAACUUGGUCAUUUACAGUGUGUUGUCUACACAGGCGAUCAAAAUGUUACAGGAGAGGAUAUCUUAAGACGAGCUAAAGAAAGAUUCAAUAUAACAUUACUUAGACCUGUCAAGUUUGUUUACUUAAAGAAACGUCAGUGGGUAGAAGCCAGUUGUUAUCCUUUUUUUACACUGCUUGGUCAAAGUAUUGGUUCAAUAUUUCUUGGAUGGGAAGCUCUGGUCAAUUUCAACCCAGAUAUCUAUAUUGAUACCAUGGGUUAUGCGUUCACAUUACCAUUAUUCAAAUACAUUGGUAAAUGCCAUGUAGGUUGUUAUGUGCAUUACCCAACCAUCAGCACUGAUAUGUUAUCAAAAGUUAGUGACCGGCAAGCCACCUACAAUAAUGCAUCUUUCAUAACAAGAAGUCCCCUUUUGAGUAGAGUGAAAUUGUUAUACUACCAACUGUUUGCAUAUACUUAUGGUUUGGCUGGAUCCUGUGGAGAUGUGGUCAUGGUUAAUUCAUCCUGGACAUUUGGCCAUAUUAAAACACUUUGGAAAAAAGAAAAUGUCGUUAUUGUGUAUCCACCAUGUGAUACAAAAGCAUUCCUAAGUAUUAAGAAAGUAGAUAACAAUGGUAUAAAGAGUAUUGUUUCUAUAGGGCAGUUCAGACCUGAGAAAGAUCAUGCACUACAGAUCAGAUCAUUCUGGCAGUUUCUUCGAGGAAUACCACGUAUAGGUGAUCGAAAGCAAUAUAAACUUGUUCUUGUCGGUAGUUCAAGAAAUCAGGAUGAUGCUAAUCGUGUAGAUAACCUUCAAGAUCUUGCUGAUCAGUUACAUAUCAAAGAACAUGUUGAAUUUGCUCUUAAUGUAUCCUUUGACGAGUUAAAGCAGCACCUUGCAAAGGCAACAAUAGGAUUGCACACUAUGUGGAAUGAACAUUUCGGUAUAGGAGUGGUUGAAUGCAUGGCAGCUGGUGUUGUCACACUUGCGCAUAAUUCUGGAGGUCCUAAAAUGGACAUUGUCACAGAAUGGAGAGAUGUCCAAACUGGAUUCUUGGCUAAUACUGAGGAAACAUAUGCUCAAGCAAUGAAUGAAAUAUUCUCAAUGCAACCAGAUCAAAUUGAUGUGAUAAGAGAAAAUGCUAGGUCAUCUGUGCAAGAACGCUUCUCUGAAGAGGCAUUUGAAAUUGGAUUUCUAGAGUGUGUGAAGCAAAUUAUUUAGAUUCUGUUGCAUUCUGACUACAACUGUCUGGAGGCUAAUUGCAUAAACAACAUCUCUUUUUAGCUCCUACUAAAACAGAAACUCUCUUAUAAAAGUGCUUCAUAAUUUGGUUAAUUUAAUGAAUGACCAUUCCUUAGGGGCCAUUCACAAAGGAUGUCCGACCAAAUAAUGGAUUUUCAGACCCCUCCCUUUGACGUCUGCUAUGUCUUGCAAACUUGAAGUAAUGAGUGAAAAUCGUUAAAGAGAUAUAGAUACUAUGAGGUGUUCGGACGUUCAGAUUAUUAAACCUUUCCUCCCCCCUUGGCACGGACAUCCUUUGUGAAUGGUCUCUUACUUGUUACAUUUAGACCGACUACAGCAAAUCUCAUUGUGUGCAUAAUAUUUUCUUACCCUAACCAGGAUUGUGUAAUCAGGUCAGAUAUUGUACAUGUGUACAUUUAGACCUAUUUUUUAUACCUAUAUCAAGAAAAAUUUAUGUGAAAUGUAAGAAUUUUACAUACACAAGGAACAGUUCUCUUUAUUUUUGUUAGAUAUCUACAUAAAUUCUAUACAAUAAUUUGUACUUCAUAUUACUUCGUAAUAAUAAAUUUGAUAUU